UUGCCAUCAUGCCUCAAACCAGAUCCCAGGCACAGGCUACAAUCAAUUUUCCCAAAAAGAAGCUAUCUCGGGCUUUGAACAAAACCAAAAACUCUAGUGACACUAAACUACAACCAACAAAUGUCCAGGCUAUACCCUCUUCUCCUGGUGUAAAGAGUCUGCCUCUCAGCCCUAGAAAACGUCUAGGUGAUGACAACCUAUGCAACACUCCCCAUUUAUCUCCCUGUUCUCCACCAAAGCAAGGCAAGAAAGAGAAUAGCCUCCCUCGUUCACAUACAACUAAGGGACGGAGAUUGGUAUUUGACAAUCAGCUGACAGUUAAGUCUCCUAGCAAAAGAGAACAAGCCAGAAUUCAUCAAAGUAAAAUACUUCCCUCAGUUCAAAAAGAUCAGGAGAUCAUAACAAAUUCUGAACAGAAAUGUCCAAUGGAGAAAGACUCUGCACGUUUGAGAUUAUUCAAGCAAGAAGGUACUUGCUACCGACAAGCAAAGGUUGUCCUGAAUACAGCUGUCCCAGAUCGUCUGCCUGCCAGAGAAAAGGAAAUGGAUGUUAUCAGGAAUUUCCUGAGGGAACACAUCUGUGGGAAAAAAGCUGGAAGUCUGUACCUUUCUGGUGCUCCUGGAACUGGAAAAACUGCCUGUUUAAGCCGAAUUCUGCAAGACCUCAAGAAGGAAGUAAAAGGCUUUAAAACUAUCAUGCUGAAUUGCAUGUCCUUGAGGAAAGCCCAGGCUGUAUUCCCAGCUAUUGCUCAGGAGAUUUGUCAAGAAGAAGUAUCCAGGCUAGCUGGGAAGGACAUAAUGAAGAAACUGGAAAAACAUAUGACUACAGAGAAGGGCCCCAUGAUUGUGUUGGUGUUGGACGAGAUGGAUCAACUGGACACCAAAGGGCAGGAUGUAUUAUACACACUGUUUGAAUGGCCAUGGCUGAGCAAUUCUCGAUUAGUGCUGAUUGGUAUUGCUAAUACCCUGGAUCUCACAGACAGAAUUCUGCCAAGGCUGGAAGCUAGAGAAAAAUGUAAGCCACAGCUAUUGAACUUUCCACCUUAUACCAGAAACCAGAUAGCCGCAAUCUUACAGGAUCGACUUAAUCAAGUGUCUGGAGAUCAGGUUCUGGACAAUGCUGCAAUUCAGUUCUGUGCCCGCAAAGUCUCCGCUGUUUCAGGAGAUGUUCGCAAAGCGCUAGAUGUUUGCAGGAGAGCUAUUGAAAUUGUAGAGUCAGAUGUCAAAAGCCAGACUAUCCUCAAACCACUGUCUGAGUGUAAAUCAUCCUCUGAGUCUCUGGUUCCCAAGCGUGUUGGUCUUACUCACAUAUCCCAAGUUAUUUCAGAAGUUGAUGGUAACAGGAUGAAUUUGGGCCGAGAAGGAGCACAGGAUUCCUUCCCUCUCCAACAGAAGAUUUUGGUCUGCUCUUUGCUGCUUUUGACCAGGCAGUUGAAAAUCAAAGAAGUCACUCUGGGGAAGUUAUAUGAAGCCUACAGUAAUGUCUGUCGUAAACAGCAGGUGGCAGCUGUGGACCAGUCAGAGUGUUUGUCACUUUCAGGGCUCUUAGAAUCCAGGGGAAUUUUAGGAUUAAAGAAAAACAAGGAAACCCGAUUUACAAAGGUGUCUUUGAAGAUUGAUGAGAAGGAAAUAGAGCAUGCUCUGAAAGACAGAGCUUUAAUUGGAAAUAUCUUAGCUACUGGAUUGUCUUAAAUUCUUCUCUCACAUCCACCCAAAAGUAUUCAUCUGGCAUUUAGAGAGCUAUGGAGU